CAGAAAUUGCCGGCGGGGCCUGAAGCGACGUGGCAUUAUUGUAGUUUCGAAAGGUCCCAAAAAUUGCAUAUAAUAAAGAAUGUUGCGCUAGUGGGUGUAAGCAGGCAUAUGGCAGACAAGUGCCCUGUUUGACCACUAUUCUAUCUAAAGCUUUGUUAAGCUAACGUAUCCUCGACGAUUAGUUCCCUUAAAAACCAGCGUUGCUGAGCGUCUCCUAUAACUAAAUCGAUAGCUUGCUACGAACAGUGGAUGCAAAUUUUCCGCGCCUUCCCAGUAUAUUUUUCCCUGUGUGAACUCGAGCAAAAAAGAUACUCACCCAGUAUCUCUACGUUAUAACGUUCCCGAAUGUAUAUCAAUAAGAGUGAUGAAUAGUGACAGGAUGCAGGGCUUUUAGGCUUUCAGCACAAGGCCACUGGACCGAAAGUGAUUUUUUUUCGGAACUAACUCAGGUUAAAAAUCGAUCAAGGCGGUUUUGUUUAGAAACAAUGUCAAGUACAGCAGAUCGCAUUUCCGAAUUCCUCAACAAACAUGAGCAUGCUGCCAAGCUGGCAUUGACUGCAGUUACAGCUUCAACUUUAACAGCAACAACGAUUCUUACAUAUCAAGCUGCGCGACGGCGAUUUCAAAAGCGCGUCUUGCUUGACAAUAAACGCUUCGGCAGUCAGCGUUCACCUGAUCAUACACCAGUUAAUGCAUCGCUAGUGGACGAACAACUCUCACAAACAAUCGAGUUUCUUGGAAGUGAGGGAGCCGAAAAACUCCAAAAUUCGUUUGUCAUUAUUGUUGGUGCAGGCGGCGUGGGUUCGUGGGCAGCGCUUAUGUUGCUUCGAGCUGGUGUAAAGAAAAUUCGUAUUAUCGACUUUGACCAAGUGACACUCAGCAGUUUGAAUCGACAUGCAGUAGCAACGCUUGACGACGUGGGAACUCCCAAAGUAAAAGCCAUCAAAAAACAUUUUGAAAGAAUUGCUCCGUUUGUGCAGGUUGAUAGCCGUAUCGAUUUGUUCACCAAAGAAACGGCGGACGAAUUACUGUCAGGCUCGCCUGACUACAUUGUGGAUGCUAUCGACAACAUCGAUACCAAACUCGACCUCAUCCAGUACUGUUAUGAUCGCCAACUUAAGGUCAUUGCCUCCAUGGGUGCCGGUGCAAAAGCAGAUCCCUCCCGCGUACAGAUAGCCGACAUUAGCGAAACUUUGGAGGACCAAUUAGCGAGAGCCGUGAGACGAAAGCUAAAGAAAUUAGGUAUCGAAUCUGGCGUCCCUGUAGUCUACUCGGUUGAAAAACCACAUCAUGUCAAACUACUUCCGUUGGAGGAAGAACGCGUAAAAGAAGCGGACGAUUUCGCUGCAUUACCGGAAUUUCGGUCUCGUAUAUUACCAGUAUUGGGAACCCUCCCCAGUAUGUUUGGCAUGACGAUUGCAUCGUUUGUGAUACUCAAGCUCGCCGAAUAUCCUAACUUUGAGCCUUUGGCUAUCAAGCUACGGGAGGGAUUAUAUGCAAGACUCCAUCGAGACUUAUUGGCUCGCGAGUCCAAUCUGUAUAAAAACAAAACAUGUCCACUUGACACCCGUGACAUCGGUUACAUAUAUGAGGAUAUUUGGCAAGGCAAAAGUGUCAUAUCGGGUCCAAGUGAACGGGUGGCAUUGACUCGAUGGGUACGCAGUGAGCCUUUGUCGUAUUACAAUACUGUAUGUAUGACGAAAGAGGAGGCAAAGGCACACGAUAAGUUACCAGCAAAUUUGGAUCUCAGACAGCACUAUGGUGAUGCGAUAUACGAUCUUGUAAAUAGCCGAUUCGAACGGGAGAAGCGCAUCCAAGGUGUCUGGAACGAAAUAUUUUGAACGCUUUUCAAACACAAACAAUCUACAACAAAUAGAACAAACUACAACUCUGUAGACGAUGCACUUGAGACCUGCUGUGUAUUAAUACUACUUAAAGAAACUAUUGGUAUCACUGCACUUUUAUAUCAUGUCCGACCGAAUUCCAUGUACCAUUACUAUGUUAAAGUCGCUGUGGAUGCAAAGAUGACUUGGCAAACAAUGCGGGGUAAAGAGUGGGACAGUCGGAGCGCAUUUGAUUUGUACAUGCAUACAAAGACGCUAAAUAAUAAAAUAUUCCCAUUGCGGGUUUGACAAAUCUAUCAAAAGCGUCCAUAGCACAAAUGAGCACCGUGCAUUUAUUACGUAGUAUAAUUUUGUGCUCCAUCC